ACCCGCGGUGGACGAGUUGGGGUGUGUCUGCGAACGAAGAGAGCGUACGUUUCAGACACCGUGUAGGUUACACAACAUGACUUAAACGGAGAAUACAAUUCUGCAAAAUCAUAAAUUGACACGACUCAAGACACGUGUUUGUUCGCCAGUUCGGAGAGAGAGCCUGCAACCAUGAAAAAAUCGAGCCCGGCAAAGCAGCAACCACCACCAGCUGAAGUCGCCGUGUCAGGGGACGAGGUUACAUUUACAUUUACAUUUACCGUGCAACAACUAAACGAGCUUUUGUCAAACAGCAGCGGAUUUUACAGUUUACCAACACAGCAUUUCAACGAGGUCUUCCCUAGAAUAUACGUUGGUAACGCGUUCGUGGGCCAGAAUCUGAUGCGUCUGCAGAAGCUGGGCGUGACCCACAUCCUGAAUGCGGCGGAAGGCAACUCCUUUAUGCACGUCAACACCAAUGCAGGUUUUUACGCUGGCUCGGGCAUUACCUACCAUGGCAUCCAGGCCAAUGACAAGCCGCAGUUCAACCUCAGUAACUUUUUUGAGGAGGGGGCGGCUCUGGCGCACAACAAUGGCAAAGGGAAGGUGUAUGUCCACUGCCGAGAGGGCUACAGCCGCUCGGCCACCAUUGUCAUCGCUUACCUCAUGCUGCGCCACAAGCUGGACGCCCGGGUGGCGGUCGCCACAGUGAGGCUCAAGAGAGCGAUCGGCCCCAAUGACGGCUUUCUGCGCCAGCUGUGUCAACUCAACGAGACGCUGGCGAAAGAGGGCAAGUUGAAUGAGGUGAUGCCAGUCAAGGUGGCCAAGUUGAAGACCAAAUAAGAGGGCGUGACUUAACGCCUUCGAAAGGCCUGUGCUUCCCUAAGAGCCAACCGGACUCAAUCCACCCCGGCCAGCAACACAUCACUCAGACAUACGUACAUCCACAACCUGUAACAUGCAUGCAUAUACUUAUAGUGCUGUGAAAGUAUUUGGCCCCUUUCUAAUUUUCUCAACUUUUGUUUAUUUAUUUUUUAUACUGAAUGUUAGCAGAACUUCAACCUAAGAUUAGAUAAAGGGAACUGGAGUGAACAAAGUUAUACAACACCCAAUUCCCCUGUUUGGGACUUACCCUCUGCAGGUACUAGCCUGCUCGGGCUUACCUUCCGUGACUUACCAAAUAUCCUAAAUCUACGAUCGGUCGUGAUACAAUGGGACUACUGAAUAAGCUCAGGCUUUCUAGGUCCGACUCCUAUAAUUGGUUCAGCCUACGACUCAUCUCCACAAGAUGUCAGAAUGAGUGACAACGGGUAUAGGAACUGUGCCUACCUUGGUUUUGGUGCCGGCUCCUGAUUCACUGAUUCGGACUCUCUAUUUAGACUGUAAAUGAAGGUUGACCCUGCUUGCAGCGCCAGCUGUUAGACUCUACAAUAGAGUAAAGCUCACAGAUGACUAGUAAAGCUCAAACCAAGUUUAUUCACCCACUGGGUCACACAGCUGCAUAAGACGGUAGUGUUUCCUCCAGCACAAGUGUUUCUAUCCUCCCCUUUAGGACGGAGUCUCCUUUUCCCUAAACAUCGUUGUUGGGCGGGAAAGUAAGUGAUCUGGGUAAUAAACAGUUCCUUCUCACUUCAUGUGACCUGACCUCUGACCCCAUUUUUCCCUCUCUAAUCCACAGCUAGCCACUCUUAUCAGUGACCGCAACCAUGCGAUUGCCUUUUCCCUCACUUAGUAACAUUCCAAGCUCCUGGCUCUUAUCCAACCUCCAUUGACCCUACCAUGUCCAUUCCUCCUACAUAUACCCAUUAACUUCUGGCGUAGCUUUAACAGACGGAUGACCUGACGUUCUCCUGUAGAACCUCAUGCCAACGGGUGAAGCUUGGCGGUGGUAAUGUGAUGGUUUAGGGAUGCUUUGCUGCCUCAGGACCUGGACGACUUGACUUUUUUUUUAAAUAGAGGGAACCAUGAUUUCUACUUGAAUGUCAGGCCAGCCGUCUGUAAGCUGAAGCACAGCUGGGUCAAGCAGCAAGACCACGAUCCAAAACGCACAAAGUGUCUAAAAAGCGACAUCUAAACUUUAGGAAUGAAUGGCCUAGUCAACGUCCACACCUAAUCCCAAUUUGAGACGACGUGACAGGACUUGAAGUGAGCAAUUCAUGCUUGAACUCCCAAAUGUCUCUGAGUUAAGGCAGUUCUGCAUGCAAGAGUGGGUCAAAAUUCCUCCACAGCGAUGUGAGAGACUGAUCAACAACUACAGGAAGCAUUUGGUUGCUCACAUACGCUAUAGGUGGCACAACCAGUUAUUGAGUGUAAGGGUGCAACACAAGGGAAUAAAAAAUAAAAAACUUUUUUUUUUUAAUUGUAUAAUUUAUUAGUAUACUCACAUAUUAGGUUUUGAAGAUCUGAUAACGUUCUGUAUCAAAAAUAGGCAAACGUUUUGAAAAUCAAAAAGGGGUUUUCACGGCACUACAUGCAUGCAUGUUGACAGUCACACACACUAACUCUCUCUCUGACACAAACUGUAUCUGUCACGCUUCUGUCCUCUCUGCCGGUAUCCUUGGGUACAUCUGUCCCAACAGCGGGGGGGUUAUGUUAGGCAGAGGAGAGAUGGAAGCCUUCUAACCAUGGCUCAGUGCUUUAACGUAUAUUCUGUCACCCAUCUUCUCUCUCUAUAUUCCAAUAACAUACAUGCCUACUGCUAGUACAUACAGCCCCAAAGUUCUCCUAGUGUGAGGUUUUGACCUGACCAAUGAAGCAUUCCCUAGACCAUAGGUUUAGAACACUGGACAGCUCUCCCUGUGUGCCACUUUUGGAGCUCUGAGGUACAAAUAAUAGAUUAUAGCACAAUAUUUUCAUAGUAUCCCACUGCCAGGGCUGUCUGACUACAAUGAUGUCAUGACACCAACAAAAUGAUCCCUGACCAGUCUGGAAUGUUUUGACAUUUGGUCUAGUCCAGUGGUUCCCAAACUUUUUAUAGUCCCGUACCCCUUCAAACGUUCAACCUCCAGCUGUGUACCCCCUCUAGCACCAGGGUCA